GAGAGCAUGAAGUCACCUUACUUUCCAGCAAGAUCUGUGCUUUUCCACAAAGAGGCAAAUGGAGUGACGUAUCGAGUCCCAGCGUUGCUCUACUUGUCCCGCUUCAAAUCGUUUCUGGCAUUCUGCGAGGAGAGACUCAGCCCAUCUGACUCCCAGGCUCAUCUCCUUGUCAUGAGGAAAGGCAUCUUCUACAGGAACUAUGUGGAGUGGGGAGAUAUCUGUGUCCUGGGCACCGCCUUCCUGCCCGGCCACCGCUCCAUGAACCCCUGUCCGGUGUACGACGAGUUCACGGGGACGCUGUUCCUGUUCUUCAUCGCUGUUCUUGGUCACACGUCCGAGUCCUACCAGCUGGUGACGGGGAAGAAUGUGACCCGACUCUGCUACGUGUCCAGCACGGACGGAGGCGUCACCUGGAGCCCCGUCACUGACCUCACCAAGAGGGUCAUCGGAGAGACUAUAAAAGAAUGGGCCACGUUCGCUCUGGGCCCCGGCCACGGCGUCCAGCUGAAGUCCGGCCGCCUCCUCGUUCCCGCCUAUGCUUAUCACAUAGAGUGCAAAGAGUGCUUCGGCCAGCUCUGCCUCACCGCCCCUCAUGCCUUCUGCUUCCACAGCGACACCCACGGGAGAAGCUGGCGUUUCGGGGAGGCCAUUCCCGCCCCGGAGAGCGUGGAGUGUCAGAUGGUGUCUGUGGACGAAGAGGACGGCACCAACGUGCUCUACUGCAACGCCCGCAGCCCGCUGGGGUUCAGGGUGCAGGCCCUCAGUCUGGACGAUGGAGCCGUGUUCCAGGAGGGCCAGCUGGUGCCCAGGCUGGCCGAGACCCCCAACGGUUGCCACGGCAGCGUGGUGGGAUUCCCUGCUCCGCUGCAUCGGUGCGAAAACCUUCAGAGCCAGCCCGGCCGGUCCAGACACUGGAUGACCUGCACGGCGUCCGGCGAUCCCACGCCGGCGCCGUCCAGACACGGCCCCCCCGCAGAUUUCCUGACCCCCACCUGGGUGGUGUACUCCCACCCGACGUGGACGUCCGAACGCAAGGACCUGGGCGUGUUCCUCAGCCUGUUCCCCCGCGACCCCGACAGCUGGCGCGGGCCCUGGGUCAUCUACGAGGGCCCCAGCGCCUACUCGGACCUGGCCUACCUGGAGCUGCCGCCCUCCCCGGGGGCGCCGCCCGCCGUGGCCUUCGCCUGCCUGUUCGAGUGCGGCACCAAAACGGCCUACGAGGAGAUCUGCUUCAGCAUCUUCACCCUCUACGAGCUCAUAGAUCAUUUGCCCGGGGAUGGCGAGCGGGGAGAGGAGAACGGGCGGCGUGGAAGGCAGCGGACAGAGGGAAGAAACAGAAAGGAGGCUCGGAGAGAACCAGUUAUCCAGCAGGUGUCGCCUGUGAAGAGGAGGAGGAACAAAAGCAGGCUGCUGGAGAUGUGCUCUCUGUCUUAA